AUGAUUGUAGAGACCUGUUCAAAUCCACCAGUUUCAUCAAUGACAAAUAAUUCUCGGCAGAAGAAGUAUUUUCCAAUGCAAAUUAACAAAUCGAUGACUAAGCAAAACAAUCAUUCAAGUACAAAUCAAAACCGAACAGAUGAUGACUAUGGCGGUGGAGGAAAUGAAAAUGAGUACAUCGAAAUCUGCUCAAAAAUAACGAAUGGCGACAAUCGUAAAUCUCGUUUCAAUCAUCGAGAGAAUGAUUCAAAUCGAUGGUGGUUUGUGAAUUUUAUUCAACAAUUCAUUGUCGAUCCGAAACGAACUUUGACUCGAAGUCGAAGUGCGACAGAUGCGACACGUUUUCUUGGGCAUAUUCAGAAACGUAUUUCACCAGCCAUCCGAUAUGAUUCUGCUUUUGAAGAAUCAUCUAGCAGUAACAAACGACGAAAUAAUGAUUGUACUCAUGAUAAACUGAGUUCUUUCGUGCGCACACGUUCGCUAUCACUUCCAGAUGAUAGUACCUACAAUGUAAAUCAUCAAAUCUUAUCAUUACAACGUCGUUCGCAGACGCUUGCACGUUCGUCAUCGGUACACGAUCUUCAUCCACAUGAAGUAUUUCGUGCCAAUGAAUUAGAUUUCGGUCCAGUUAUCGGACAAGGCUUUUAUGGUAUUGCUCGAACCGUUACUCUCAGGAAAACUGGUCAGAUAAUGGUUAUGAAGGAAACAAAAACAUUAGAUAAAGAAGCUCAGAAAAUCUUUGUUAAAGAAGUACAAGUUCUUAAACGCUUGAAACAUCCGAAUGUUUUGAAUUUCAUGGGACUUUUACUCGAUAAAGAUAAUCAAAUGUGUUUCCUUGUUGAUUACAUCGCCGGUGGUACAUUAAAAAACGUCAUCCAUGAUCUAUCUAUUCCACUGACUUGGUUGAAACGUUUACGCUAUGCUAAAGAUAUUGCUGCUGGAAUGGAAUAUCUUCACUCAUGUAAUAUCAUUCAUCGCGAUUUAAACAGUUCGAACUGUUUAGUGAAGACGAGCGGCCAAGUUGUUGUAGCCGAUUUUGGUCUCUCAAGAAUCAAUCUCGACGAUGAUGACGAUGUUCCAACGACUAUGAAUGAUAUCACAUUGACAUCUUCAUUUCGACGAGAACAACGUAGUACAAGUACGACGAUAAGUUCUAAUGGAAAUGUCGUCGUUGUCAGACCAAAAACUCGUCGACAGCUGCUAAGAGAUCGACAAAGAUAUACAGUGGUCGGAUCUCCUUAUUGGAUGGCUCCGGAGAUGUUAAAAGGUCAAUGUUACGAUGAGCGUGUGGAUAUCUUUUCUUUUGGUAUUAUGCUAUGUGAAAUUAUCGGACGUGUACAAGCCGAUCCUGAUUAUCUACCACGUACACAAGAUUUCGGGUUGAAUGUACAUCUAUUUAAUCAAAAAUAUUGCAGUAAAGAUUGUCCAAAACAGUUUAUUGCUAUUGCUAUUGCUUGUUGUGACAUUAAACCUGAUUCAAGACCUGCCUUUUGUGUUUCACAUCCAUGGCUUGAAGCACUCGCAUUGAGCGUUGAAACAGGCGUUUGUCUCUCUUCAACUUCAAAUGGAGAGAAUCUUUCUUAA